GAGGGCGUGCGCCGGUCGAGAGGUGUCGGCGACGAGGGAAGGGAAGUUUCAAGUGGAAGGUCGUUCGCUGGCCGGCGCGUUCUUCCAUCUCUUCUGGCAGCAUCAUGGCGGAGCCAAGCGGCUCUCCCGUGCACGUCCAGCAGCCCCAGCCGGCGGCCCCGGUGACAGCGGCGGCAGCUCCAGCCCCGGCGGCGACCGCGACAGUAGCGCCGGCUCCGGCGGCGCCCGCGGCCCCAGCCCCAGCCCCGGCAGCGCAGGCGCUCGGCUGGCCCAUCUGCAGGGACGCAUACGAGCUGCAGGAGGUUAUCGGCAGUGGAGCUACUGCUGUGGUUCAGGCGGCUCUGUGCAAACCAAGGCAAGAACGUGUAGCAAUAAAGCGGAUCAACUUGGAAAAGUGCCAGACCAGUAUGGAUGAACUAUUAAAAGAAAUACAAGCCAUGAGUCAGUGCAGCCACCCCAACGUAGUGACCUAUUACACCUCUUUUGUGGUGAAAGAUGAACUUUGGCUGGUUAUGAAAUUGCUAAGUGGAGGUUCAAUGUUGGAUAUCAUAAAAUACAUUGUCAACAGAGGAGAACAUAAGAACGGCGUCCUGGAAGAGGCAAUAAUAGCCACAAUUCUGAAAGAAGUUCUGGAAGGCUUAGACUAUCUCCACAGAAAUGGUCAGAUCCACAGGGAUUUGAAAGCUGGAAAUAUUCUUUUGGGCGAGGAUGGUUCGGUACAAAUAGCAGAUUUUGGGGUAAGUGCAUUCUUAGCCACAGGGGGUGAUGUUACCCGAAAUAAAGUAAGGAAAACUUUUGUUGGCACCCCAUGUUGGAUGGCUCCUGAAGUCAUGGAACAGGUGAGAGGCUAUGACUUCAAGGCUGACAUGUGGAGUUUUGGAAUUACUGCCAUCGAAUUAGCAACAGGAGCAGCGCCUUAUCACAAAUAUCCUCCCAUGAAAGUGUUAAUGUUGACUCUGCAAAAUGACCCACCCACCUUAGAAACGGGGAUAGAGGAUAAGGAAAUGAUGAAAAAGUACGGCAAGUCCUUUAGAAAAUUACUUUCACUCUGUCUUCAGAAAGAUCCUUCCAAAAGGCCCACAGCAGCAGAACUUUUAAAAUGCAAAUUCUUCCAGAAAGCCAAGAACAGAGAAUACCUGAUUGAGAAGCUGCUCACAAGAACCCCAGACAUAGCCCAAAGAGCCAAGAAGGUAAGAAGAGUUCCCGGGUCCAGUGGUCACCUUCACAAAACCGAAGACGGUGACUGGGAGUGGAGUGACGACGAGUUGGAUGAAAAGAGUGAAGAAGCAAAAGCUGCAUUUUCUCAAGAAAAGUCACGAAGAGUAAAAGAAGAAAAUCCAGAGAUCGCAAUGAAUGCCAGCAGUAUACCCGGGCAAAUACAGUCCCUCUCUGUGCAGGACUCUCAGGGCCAACCCAAUGCUAGUGAAGACUAUAGAGAAGCCUCUUGCGUUGUCAACCUCGUUUUAAGAUUAAGAAACUCCAGAAAGGAACUUAAUGACAUACGAUUUGAGUUUACUCCAGGAAGAGAUACGGCAGAUGGCGUUUCUCAGGAGCUCUUCUCUGCUGGCUUGGUCGAUGGUCAUGAUGUAGUUAUAGUGGCUGCUAAUUUGCAGAAGAUUGUAGAUGAUCCCAAAGCAUUAAAAACACUGACAUUUAAGUUGGCUUCUGGAUGUGAUGGGUCGGAGAUCCCUGAUGAAGUAAAGCUGAUCGGGUUUGCUCAGUUGAGUGUCAGCUGAUGUCUGUCCCUGAUGUCACCCUCUUCUGUCAUGCCCCUCCUCACCACACACCCCGCAGCCCUCCCUCCCCUUGCCUCCUUCCCCUCACCCCCUCACUCCCACUUCCCAGCAAAAUCACAAGAUUGUGAAGAGGCCGGCUUAGACAAAAAUGGGAUUUAAAAAAUAAUAAUUUUGUUUUCAAAUUUGCAACACUCCGAGUUCUGCUUUCUUCUCUAGCAAUCCACAGUACAAGAACAAGCAAAUGCCACAGCUGCACGACUGUUGCUAAUUUUUCCAAAAGCUAUUUAAUAUUCCUAGCAAUCAGUUUGGAUGUCCCUUAAGUGAAAAGAAUCUGAAACACACUCAGGUGGUCCUAUUUAUUGGCAACAAAAGGAAUUUUCUAUCAGAAGCCCAUUUUCUUCUUUCAUUGUUAAACUUUCUGUUAUAAUUCUUUAAUUGUAUGUCUGAAAGUACAGCCUCUUUUAUGUUGUAUUUAGAAAUUAAUAUACUUAUAAAAUUAAGAUUUAUUAGCCAAACUUGAAUUCUAGUUUUAAAACUGACUGUGAAUUUUAUUUUUCAUAUAUUUAUGCAUUACACACCUUAUCAAUAAGAAAAAACCAAGUUUUUUGAUUAUAAGCUUCUUGCAGUUAAUCUUUAUUUAAACAACAAAGUUUCAAGUCUAUCUUUGGAGUAUUUGUAACUUCUCAUUUUUGAAAUGACCAAAUUAGGAACUAGGAUGCUUUACCCUUUUGGUUCAUUCGCCUGAAAUCAGUUCACAAUCUGAUUGCCUCCUGGGAGUGGGAGGUGCCUUGCAGACUCUCAUAUUAAAAAUGUGCCUGAGGCUGCUUGAUUCUGGAAUAGUCUCAGAUUGAAAAUGUCUUCUCCAUAAAGUGGCAUAUGUAAGUUUUGCUUUGUUUGGAAUUUAGAAUGCUACAUAAGAUGUUGCCAUUCUAUUAGAUUGUUAACUACCUACCCAUCUCUGAUUUGGCUUCUCCUUAAGUGGUAGGAUUUGUUGUUCUCACAGUGAUAAACUUGAAAAUACCAGAAUCUUAAGUUUUACUUGAACUUCUGCGGAAUACCCAGCUGGAGUGAAAAAUAAUAGAAGGGGUUUUGUGCAAUGACUAAAAGGUAAAACAAAACGCUGUUGAGUUUCAAGGAUAAAUAAAUACUUUCAACCCGAGUAGCCCUCUGCUUGACUAUAUAUUAUGGAAUUAGUAAAACCUUAGGAUUUUCCAAAUUGGAGUCUAAACUGUCAGGGAGGUGGGCUCCCGGGAUGGUACCAUUGCUCUUUCCUAGCUAACCCUAGAUACGGCAGCUCUUUAAUGUACUUUAAAAAGCAAAUAUAUAUUACUAAGGAAAAAGUUCUUUAUAAUUGCCUCGUCAUAAUUGUUAAGGUGUUCUAGAGCCAUUUGCAUACAAUUUAAUGUAAUUUCAUUCCAUUCUAUUGUUUACACAAUGAUUAUUCAAAGAUGACUGCAAAGGUAAAAGGAAAAUAAAAGUGUAUUGCACAAAGAGA